UUUUUGCAGGCCCAGUCUAGGUCAGAAUUUGGGUUUUGCGUGGAGAUAAGCAGUUUGAGAACUGCUCUGUGAUCACCUCUCUUGGCACUUACGUGAUUAGGAAUUGGAGUUCUUGCCAGCUCAGAUCCCCUCUGGGAGGAGAUUGGAAUGGAUUUGAAUAAAAAAGUGGAAACUCAGUUAUUCAGGUUGAAUCCCUGCCAAACAUUGAAAGAGGAAAAUUUCAAAUAAGUCAAAGAUUCCCAGCAAAUGAAAAGUUUCUAUAUUUUCCACACGAGGGAGGAGGUGGUAUCCCAUUUUACAGAUGGGAACACUGAGGCUCAGAGAAGUUAACUAUCCCCAGGUCGUAUGGCGAAUAUUUGCUAAAGCUGGAAUUCAUACCAUUAUGUUUCUGCUACUUUCUACUACUGCAGUGGUGUCUUUGUGAAAAGCAAUUUCAGUUCAAUAUUAAUGACCAUGCAGCCUGCAAUUCAAGUGUGGUUUGGCGAAGACCUGCCUCUAAGUCCACGGAGUCCUCUGACCCCCAGGCACGGGCCGGGUUUGGCCGACGUGUAUCAGUAUGACGAGUGGAUAGCUGUGAGGCACAAAGCCAGUCUGUUUCCCAUGCAAGAAGAUCUGUCAAUCUGGUUAUCUGGUUUAUUAGGUAUUGAAGUUAAGGCGGAGAGACUGCUGGAAGAACUGGAUAAUGGAGUACUGUUAUGCCAACUGAUUGAUGUUCUUCAGAACAUGGUGAAAGCCUGCAGCUCUGAAGAGCCAGGGAAUUUUCCAAUGAGAAAAGUGCCCUGUAAGAAAGAUGCUGCCUCAGGCUCAUUCUUUGCCAGAGACAACACUGCGAACUUCCUGCACUGGUGCAGGUGCGUCGGGGUGGACGAGACUUACCUCUUUGAGUCUGAAGGGUUAGUUUUGCACAGAGAUCCAAGACAGGUGUAUCUUUGUCUUCUUGAAAUUGGUCGAAUUGUGUCAAGAUAUGGGGUUGAGCCACCAGUAUUAGUAAAACUUGAGAAAGAAAUUGAGCUAGAAGAGACCUUACUUAAUACUUCUGGGACUGAAGAUUCUCUCAGCAUCCCCAAGUCGUGCUGUCAGCAUGAGGAGCUGCACGAAGCCGUCACACACAUUGCUGAAGACCCUCCUUGUAGCUGUUCCCAUCGGUUUUCUAUUGAAUACUUAUCUGAAGGACGGUACCGACUAGGGGAUAAAAUACUCUUUAUAAGAAUGCUUCAUGGAAAACAUGUCAUGGUCCGUGUUGGUGGAGGCUGGGACACUCUUCAAGGAUUUUUGCUGAAAUAUGACCCCUGUCGAAUAUUACAGUUUGCUACACUAGAACAGAAAAUUCUAUCCUUUCAAAAAGGAGUUUCUAAUGAAAGUGUACCGGAUUCGCCUGCCAGAACACCCCAGCCUCCAGAAAUGAAUCCCUUGUCAGCAGUUAACAUGUUUCAGAAAGAAAAAGCAAAACCUGGCGCGCCAAUUGGUAUCCCAAGGAGCAAAGACAAGCCGGGACGCCCACCAGGAGUACUGCUGCCGGCACCUUCCCCGAAGGGAGGUGCCCCGGGCUCCGUGUCAGCCCGUUCUAAAGUGCCCCAGUCUCCAGCAGCCCCCUCUCAACUCAAACUCAGGUCUCCAGCCGGUGCAACUAAGAAGCCGCAGGCUCCUUCAGCUAGCGCAGAAAAAAGUACACCUUCACCAGCCUUUCCAAGAACGGCGCCUUGUGUAUCUGAGUCAUUGAGAAAAGGUAUCUCAUCACCCAGUACUCCAAAGGCCAAGUUUAUUCCCGCCCAGAAACCCAGAGAGGUGCCUGAGUCUACACUUCUGCCAAAUAAGUGUUCUGGAAAAACUGAACCAAAGCGUUUGAAACACAAUCAUUUAUCUUCCAGGGAUGAUGCGGUGUAUCACUCUGCACAUCUGAAUUCAUCCUCAAAGUGUCCAAAGCCACUUAAGCCUUCUCCUUCUGUCCAGUCCCCUGCGAAAAUGACAAAACCCAGUUCCAAAAACGUCCCCACGGGCCUGGGAACUCGGUCUCAGUCCGGCGGAGCCCCGCGGGCAGAGGCCGUGCCCGCACUGCAACCUAAGGCAGCCUUGAGCUCGAACCAGCCGCUUUCGGGAUCCUCAGUUGCUCCUGCAAAAGCACAGGAGUCAAAAGAUAAGAAGAUAGUUUCAGUUGCCAAAAAGCAGCCUCAGAAUGUAAGUGCAGCCCCGAAGACAGGACCCAGCUCCGCACAGUCCCCUGGUCGCACCCCACUGUCCAUCAUGAGCCUUCCCCAGUCUUCCACCAAAGCGCACGCGGUGUCAAAGGCAGCGCAGACCGCCAAGAGCCAGCACGCAGCCAGAGGACCUCCAAAGAGUGGCAAAGCCCCCGCUUCAACCAGGAAACCACCCUCAGCCAGCAAGGAAGCAGCCAGUGGAGAUAAAAAACCUACUGCAAAGAAAAAGGAAGAUGAUGACCAUUACUUUGUUAUGACUGGAAGUAAGAAACCUAGGAAAUAA